AUAUGUGUAAAUAGUCUCAGUACUUACAAUAAAUGAAUAAUUAAGUCGAUACAUUUAACAUAGGUCACACCACUUUAUGAAACGAUAAAAGCCUUCCGUAUAUUUGAGUUUGUUGAAAACAAAAACUAAAGUUAUUUAUUUUGUUCUUUUGUUUCAAAACAUUGUAUUAACAAAUUUGUUGUUUAUUUGUAAAUCUGACGUUUAGAAGAAGAAGACUAACCUAAAAAUGUGGCAAUGUUUUUAAAAUUGUUAAAUAUAUAUUUGACUAUAUUACUAGGAUUAGUGGCGGUAAUCGGCGACUAUUUGGUGGCCCACAGUAAUCUACAUUUAUUUCAAGCAAUUUUCGACAAUGCCACUCACGCAGUAAUCGGCGGAUUGACGUGGUUCUUUUACAGACAUAAUUAUAAAAAUUACCUCGCUAUUGAUACAAUAAAAGAAAUAGCACUAUGCACUCUACUAUCCUCUUGCAUUGACUUGGAUCAUUUUAUAGCUGCACAUUCAAUACACUUAAAGGAUGCAACCAACUUGCAAAGCAGGCCAUUCCUGCAUUGUACGACGUAUCCAUUGGCAUUCGUCUUGUUUGUGUUAACGAGCAGUGUUUACUGUAAAAGUGGUUUGCUAAAAACUGCUGGUUUGUUGCUGCUCGCAGCCUUUGCAAGUCAUCACACAAGGGAUGCCACAAGGAGGGGCUUCUGGCUUCAUCCAUUUGGCUCUACACCUCCUAUACCAUACUAUGUCUAUGUUGGAAUAACAUGUUUUAUCCCUUAUGUUAUCUGUGGAUUACAUUAUGUUAUUAAAGUUGAGAGAAUGGAAUAUUUUAAUAAAACAACUGUGAUAUGAAUUUUAAAUAAUUAUUAAAUAAGUAUUGUAAUCAAA